AACAAAAAUAGAACAAGUGCAUAUGUCCUAUUUUCAUUCAUGUCCCUUUUUUUUAUUUAUUUAUAUAAAGUGAAAGAAACCUCACAAGAACCAAAGCAAAAAUCAUCAUAAUGCAACGGUUCAGCAACAGUGUAAUAGGAUUCUUAAACUUUUUCACACUCUUAGCAUCAAUACCAAUAAUAGGAGCAGGAUUAUGGCUUUCAAGAAGCACAACAACAUGUGAAAAUUUCUUCCAAACACCACUUUUAAUCAUAGGAUUUAUUGUUCUUGUGAUUUCACUAAUUGGUUUUAUAGGAGCAUGUUUUCAUGUGGCAUGGGCACUAUGGGUGUAUUUAGUAGUUAUGUUGUUGCUAAUAGCAGCAAUUUUUGGUUUGACUAUAUUUGGAUUUGUUGUGACUAGUCAAGGUGGGGGUGUAGAAGUACCUGGUAGAAAUUAUAUGGAAUUUCAUCUUGAGAAUUAUUCAACAUGGUUGAAGAAUAAGAUUAAGGAACCUCAAUAUUGGAGUACUAUGAGGAGUUGUAUUAUAGGGUCUAAUAGUUGUUCUAAACUUGCUUCUUGGACCUCUCUUGAUGUUAUGGAGAAGGAUAUGUCUCCAAUUCAGUCUGGAUGUUGCAAACCACCAACAGCAUGCAACUACAACAUGGAAACAACAUUAGUGACACAAGAUAAUGAUUGCUACCGUUGGAACAAUGCACCAAAUUUACUAUGCUAUGACUGUAAUUCAUGCAAAGCUGGUGUUCUUGAAAACAUAAGAAGAGAUUGGCACAAAGUCUCUGUUCUUAGUGUUGUUGUUCUUGUUUUUCUUAUAGGAAUAUAUUCCAUUGGAUGUUGUGCUUUUAGGAAUGCAAGAAGAGCUGAUACUAAUUAUCAACAUGGUGAAAAUCGUAUGAGUAAAAUUAGACCAAGAUGGGAUUACCAUUGCUGGAGAUGGUGGCAUGACAAGAAGGAGCAGCUUUUUUAGAAAAAAGAAGAAGCAAUGGUGUCUAUCAUGACAUUGUGUGUGCUCUAAAGUUGUGACAUUAAUUAACUACUUUCUUGGUCCAUAUGUUCAUCAUGUAAAAGAAAUUUAAGACCUUUUGUUUUAACUAUGAUUGUAUAUUGCUUUUGUACAAAUCUUAAUUUUGCUUUGUUUCAAGAAUUAUACUAGAUCUAUGCUUUUCCAGCUUUAAUGUUUCUUUUCUUCCA